UUUUCUUUUCUCCGCCGAGUGGUGCUUAGUGCUCACUCUUGCCUGUUGCCACUCUCAUCUGCGGAGCGCCGUGUCGUCGACCAGGGCAAUGAUACUCCUCCUUCGCCUUUCUUCAGUGAUUAUCAAGGAUCUGCUAACUCAUGAACAAGUUCGGGAAGUUGGAAUUUUCAUUUAAUCAGCAAAAGCUUCUCAAUUGCACAGUGUUCGUCUUAUUUGCUAGUGUAAUGUUGGGGUUAUUUGCCUUUUCCAUUUAUAAGCUUCUAAGAUGAAGUCACAAGGCAAUGGGAUGUCUAGAGUUCAAAGGACAAAUUAUUCUCAAGGGGAAAGGCCUAAUUGGUUUCUUAUUAGUGUUGGUGCUUUGUUGAGUACCUUAUCAAUUCGUCUUGGUUUCAAGUGGAAGCAGUCACUCAACUCAAAAAGGGCUGAUAAUUCUCCAAAAUUUCAGAAAGGAAAUGCAAAACCUUUUAACACAAGAAAUUCUGGAGAUUGCUGUUGUCAGUCUGAUGGAUAUUUUCUAAAACAAGAUAGUCAUGGUUGCUUCAGUUGCAUUUCAGGAAAUGGACGUCCAGUGGAGCUCAAGGGCCAGAUGUUGAGUGAAUCUGAUGGGAUACUUCCUUUGGUGGCUGUGUCUAAUGCUGAAUUUAGCAAGGAUAAUGAUGUUAUUUGGUCAUCAUCUCUUGAUGGUCUUGAAUUGCCUUCAAGGCCAUUCCACCAUUCAAACUGCUCAGACUCGCCGUGUGUGUCAGAAUCAGGCUCCGACUUCUAUAAUAAGCGCGAAGUCAUACAUAAGCUGCGGCAACAAUUGAAGAGGAGGGAUGAUAUGAUUCUAGAGAUGCAAGAUCAGUUGGCUGAAUUGCAAAGCUCGCUUGAUGCUCAACAGCAACUUUCUUCUCAUUUACAAUCAAAGCUUGAGGCCGUAAAUAGGGAAUUGUUCGACUCAGAGAGAGAGAUCCGAAGGCUGAGAAAAGCUAUUGCAGAUCACUGUGUUGGACACGUUUCCAUAUCCUUGUACGGAAACGGUGAUACGAAAGAGCAUCCGAAUUGGGAGAGCCCUGAGAAAGCAAUGGAUGUUGAUAAUGAGAAAAGAGCUGAGAUGCUAAAAAAGCAAGUGGAAGAGUUGAAAGAGGUAAUUCAAGGAAAAGAGUACUUGGUUCAGAGUUACAAGGAGCAGAAAAAGGAACUCUCUUUGAAGAUCAUGGAAUUGCAGCAGAGAUUGGAUUCUCAGCUGCCACAUAUAUUGUAGGGAAACUGUCAGUGAAUCCUUUGCUUUUUAUAUUUUAGCCUCUUUUAGGUUACAAAUUGUCGUGGAGGCUCAUCUUUCUCAUCUUCUAGUUUCUCAAUGUGAAUACUAAUUAGCUUAGGCUUUGAUUGUUGGGUUGUGUAUUCCUUUUUGCUGGUUCUACUUUUAUUGGAUGUUUCACAAGGUAUAUGUAGUGCAGAGAAUUGUCUCUCUUUUUCUCUUUUC